AUGGGUCGUCCAGUAUGCAAUAAGAAAGGAUUUAAAAAUGGAAAGCGUUCAGGUUCAUAUAAGCUCAAUGCCUCUAGACGACAAUGUUCUUACACACCAGUUCGUAGUUUACGCAUUCAUAGUAGAAAUCUUCGGUCGAUAGGUGGUGAUGUAGACUUUCUCUGCGAACAUACUGUAGAAUUUAUGGAAUCUGGUGAAACAUGUAAUAUAAUCGCUGUGGAAAUAGCUGAACAAAGCAUCUAUUUUGAGCGUCUUUUAAAAUAUCACAGAGGACAGGGAAAUAUAAGACUGCCAGAGUUUCUAAAUGUUGACUUUUCUUCAAUUAUAGAAUAUAUAUGUGAAGGCGGUACAGAGAUUAAUCACGACAACGUUUAUCGCAUAUUCGUAGCAGCGGAUUUCCUUUUAUUACCGGAGUUGAAACAACAAUGCACAAAUCUAUUAAAAGAGAUUGCAACUAUUGACUUUUCUACUGCAAUCGACAUGUGGUUAAAUUACAAAUCAUCCUAUUGGCCUGAACUAGGUUCAAUGGCAUAUCAAACGAUUUUAGAAAAUUUCGAAAAAAUAUGGCACACUUCGCAAUUCAAAAAUCUAAGUGCAAACCACAUUCGUCAAAUUCUUCAUGAUGAUGCUUUAAAUUGCAAACAUGAAAAGAAUGUAUUUCAAGCAGUCAUUCAAUGGAUUAUUGAAGAUUUGGAAACACGUAUAGAAUAUUCAUUGGAGUUAUUGUUAUGUGUCCGACUUGGAAUGCUAUCAUCCAUCGAAUUAGAUGAUAUAAAGAAGCAUGAUUUGAUUCAAAUUAUUCCAGAAUAUUUAGAUUUAUUGAAUCAAUGGCCAACUUGUUUAGCAACUACUAAUAAUCGUAUUAUCAAUGCGUAUGGACAACGAUUUAUUACGCCAAGAUUACCGCAUCAAAUCGUGAUGGUUUUUGGUGGAUGGCGAGAUAGUGAUGGUCUAAUGGCAGCAGUGCAAGUCUAUAACCCAACGGCGAAAACAUGGACAUUAUGGACAGAGAAUAGUCAGCCAUUCCUGGUGCCAACUAAUCAACAGUGUGAUUUAUUGCGAAAUACACUCACUUUCACGAUCACUAAUUCACAAGCAAAUCAGUUACAGAACGCUGUGGAUACUUUUAUUCGGAUCAACAGUUUUCAGAGCUUGCUACCACCAGAUGAAAUUGCCUGUGAUGGUAAUCGAAGUGGAUUUCCAGUUGAUAACAAUGCGAUCAUGAGUACAACUCGUGCUAAUCUGAUCGGUGAGUUCCCUAAACGUGUUUACGCCGGUUGUGUACUGAUAGGAACACGAGUUUAUGUAAUUGGAGGGUUUGACGGAGAUCGUGCUCUCAAAUCUACUUUGUGCUAUGAUUUCGAAAUAGAAUCUGGUUGGUAUGAAGCAAGCUGCAUGUAUGAGAAUCGUUAUUACGUCAGUGUUACGUAUGCGAAUGGAUAUAUCUAUGCAAUCGGAGGUCAUAAUGGUGAAUAUGGAGGUCGUUUAGAUUCUGCAGAAAGGUAUAUCGUGGAUGAAAAUUUAUGGCAAACUAUAUCUUCAAUGAAUCAUAUACGUAGUGAUGGGUCAGCUGGAGAAUUACAUGGGAAAAUAUAUGUGAUUGGUGGAUUUGAUGGUCGAUAUUAUCAUGAUUCAGUGGAAUAUUAUGAGCCGUUGACGGAUCAAUGGACCUUAAUAAAUCGAAUGAAUUCACCGAGAGGCGGUGUAUCACUUAUUCAACAUGGUGAUUACUUGUAUGCUAUUGGUGGAAACAAUGGUAAUUAUCGCUUGAAAUCCAUUGAACGAUAUGAUCCGAAGGAAGAGAAAUGGAAAAUAAUUGGAGAAAUGAGUCGAAGUAGAAGUAAUUCAUCCACUACCGUUAUUGAUAAUGAAAUAUAUAUACUAGGUGGAUGGUCUGGUGAACCAGCAUCUGGUAUGUUGGAUCAAGUUGAAUGUUUUAAUGUGAUUAGUUGUGAGUGCCGAAUUGCACAAUCUCUAAUAUAUCCACUCAGUGCUUCAUGUGCGUGUACACUGAAAGGCUAUAAUUUGGUGAAAAAAUAUAUACAUCCAUUGUCAAUUGUAUCAUCUCAUUUUAUAGGUAACACGAAUAAAGGUGUCAAUUCAAUGUAG